AUUGUUGAUGUUUUGUCCGUUUCGCUUUUGUAUAGAGGGAAAUUUUAGUUGUUUCCUGAGAAAUUGUAAAGAUCUGGGUCCGGUGUUGCUGAAAGCACCAUGAAUGAGACCCCACAGACGCGCAAGAGGAGUCUGUUGAAGCGAAGCGUCAGUGUUUUGACUAAAACUCGUCCUUUUUCCCCUCGAGAGAGUCCUGAGCGAAAGUCUCCAUCCAGACAGGAUGAAGGUCAAUUCAAGCAACAGAACUUCUCCACACCCAUCAGCUCCCGGCACAUACAGAGUGCUCCAGCGUGCUCUCCGGAGAAUGACAACUCGCCGAUUGUCCAUCUGUCGCAGGAUCUGCACUGGAAAGCGGAUGUGGCAUGGGGAUGGGACAGUCCAAAGAAUAGUCCAGCCCAGAGGAAGUUCUCCGCGAAGAAGAAAUCCUCCCCAAUCACUCGAUCGCACAGUCUGACUCGGCCCAAUGCGAGGAGAGAUCAGGCGAAGACGGGCUUCUUCAGGUUCAGGAAGGAUCUCAUGACGAUGGAGUCAAAGUACAGCAGCACCGAUUCUGGUACAACCACUUCAAGUGGUUCACCGACGGUGGAAGCUGAAAAAUCCGCCACUUCGAGGGUGGAAACCACCGCGGAUAUGCUGAAAUAUGUCCUGGAGGACUCAAACACUUCUGAUAAGACUGUCGUGCAGAAUGCCGACACUCCUGGACCGUCAAAAGCAAUGACAACCAUUCAGAAAGACUUCUUGUUUGAUGAUUCGGCGGAUGAUAGAGAUUUGGCUGCUCUUAUCGAUGAUCCGCCAGUUGUAGUUGCACAAUCUCCGGAGAUUUUCUCUCCGGCUGUGAGCAGGAAAAAAGACUCGUCGUCGAGAACGUCGUCGGAAGAGAUUUACUACACCGUAGAAGAAUGUGUUCAGAAUUUGGAUAGAGAAAUUAGGGAAGAUCGCAAGAAAACUCCAGCAAAACCCACCUCAAGUGGAGUAAAGAAUCCUCCAUUGAAGUCUUCCAGUCGAGACGACGAGCUGAAGUGGCUUGUUGAUGACUCCUUCGAUGACAUCUUGUCUCAGUUGCCACUCGAUGGAUCUUCAGCUCGCAACGGAAGCUUUGCAAGGCACGCUUCGAUGCCGGUGCAGAAGCAAGAUUCACAAUUGUCGCAAAGCUCUGCGAAAGUGAUCAACAGAUACGACAGCAUGCCGGUGAAUUCCACGCUGAGGAAGAGCGAUGAACCGCCGUCCAGGAGUGGCAGUUCUGAGUCGAUCUCAUCGGUUUCGUCUUCUGGGAAGUGUACGAUGACAGAGAUUGCAAGGAAGCGCCAGGAGGCGCUGCAAAGGUUAAGAAACUCAAAGCAAAAGCAGCUGCAGAAGAAUCUCAGCAAUAAAUGAAUCUGAUUUAUUCUUCAACACACACACAAAAAUAGUGCUAAAUUACAUUUCCAAACCUGCCGAAAAGAAAGGUAGGAAUUGACUUUAUAUUUUUCUACGAUUGUAUUUAGCAUGUAAAAUAUGUAAAUCACUGGAAUUAUAGAGAAGAGAGGCGAUGCCAAUGUGCGCAAUGUCUAAUGUUGUAUUAAAUUGCCAACUCGAACUUAACAUCUGUUUGGCGAAAGCGAAGCCCUCGACUGUGUUUUUUC